AUGGUUUCUGAAGCAGAAUUAUUGAAAUCUUAUCCUCAAACGUGUGCUCCCGGAUCAUUGCCAGGCACACCCGGUAAUUUGACUGAUGAGCAACAAAAGGCUCUUGAAGAAUUCAAAAAGGUUCUCUCUGAAGCUGGAUACACGCAACGCUUGGAUGAAUCGACUUUACUUCGUUUCCUAAGAGCUCGUAAGUUCGACAUCCCAGCUGCCAAAUUGAUGUACGAGAACUGUGAAAAAUGGAGAAAAGAAUACGGUGUAGACACCAUAUUUGAAGACUUCCACUAUGAGGAAAAACCAUUGGUUGCGAAGUACUACCCACAGUAUUACCACAAGACUGACAAGGAAGGUCGCCCAGUUUACAUUGAAGAGCUGGGAUCAGUCAACUUGACCGAGAUGUACAAGAUCACUACACAAGAGCGCAUGUUGAAGAACUUGGUUUGGGAGUACGAAUCUUUCGUCAGAUACAGGUUGCCUGCUUGCUCUAGAAAGUUUGGCUACCUGGUCGAGACUUCGUGCACUAUCUUGGACUUGAAGGGCAUCUCUAUUUCCGCUGCUGCUCAAGUUCUAAGCUACGUCAGAGAAGCUUCCUACAUUGGCCAAAACUACUACCCGGAACGUAUGGGUAAGUUUUACUUGAUCAAUGCGCCAUUCGGCUUCUCUACCGCUUUCCGCCUUUUUAAGCCAUUCUUAGAUCCCGUCACGGUUUCUAAAAUCUUCAUCCUAGGCUCUUCUUACCAAAAAGAUCUUUUGAAACAGAUUCCUGCUGAAAACUUGCCAGUCAAGUUCGGGGGUAAAUCUGAAGUGAGCGAUGCAGAGGGUGGCUUGUACCUCUCUGAUGUCGGUCCUUGGAGAGAUCCCCAGUAUAUUGGACCUGAGGGUGAAGCCCCAAAGGCUUUCGAUAUCUAA